CAUGGGGUUCUUGUGUACCUUGAUGAUAUUUUGAUCUAUACCUCCUCCAUGGAUGAACAUGUCGCCUUAGUCCAUCAGGUCCUACAACUACUGCUCAGACAUCGCUUAUAUGUCAAAGGAGAAAAAUGUCUGUUUCACCAGAGGCAAGUGUCAUUCUUAGGAUUUGUUCUCAGACUGGAUGGAGUAUCCAUCGAUCCCCAGAAAGUAAGUGCGGUCCUCCACUGGCCACAGCCAACAACAGUUAAAGCCCUUCAGCGUUUCUUAGGUUUUGCCAAUUUUUAUCGCCGUUUCAUCUGGUCUUUUAGCACCGUGGCUGCCCCUUUAACUGCUCUAACCUCCUCCAAGAGGUCCAGACUCAGCUGGAUGGAGGAGGCUCAAGAAGCCUUUGACACUCUAAAACAAAGAUUUACUAGUGCUCCCAUACUCCGACACCCUGAUCCUGAUCUCCCGUUUGUGGUGGAAGUGGAUGCCUCAGAGACAGGGGUGGGUGCUGUCCUGUCUCAAUGCCAUGGGAACCCACCUAAACUGUACCCUUGUGCCUUCUUUUCAAAGAAAAUGUCCCCAGCUGAGAGAAACUAUGACAUCGGGAAUCGUGAGCUCCUCACUAUGAAAACGGCCCUGGAGGAAUGGAAGCACUGGCUGCAGGGGGCGCGGCAUCCUUUCAUCGUCCUCACCGACCACAAGAACCUAGAAUAUCUGCAGACGGCGAGACGACUCAACUCCCGUCAAGCCAGGUGUGUGCCCAGGUCAAGGCGUCCACCCAAAAACCACCAGGAUUCCUGGAGCCCUUCCCGUGCCUAAUCGUCCCUGGUCGCACAUUGCUUUGGACUUCCUUGUAGAUCUCCCCUAUAUGACGGUAAGACUGUAAUCAUGACUAUUGUUGACAGGUUUUCCAAAGCCUGUCGGUUGAUUCCUCUCUCCAAGUUUCCCUACAGCCCUAGAGACUGCCGAGCUCUUAUUUCUGUAUGUCUUCUGCCUCUACGGCUUGCCGGAAGACAUCGUGUCGGACCGUGACCCCAGUUCACCUCCAGGCUGUGGAAGGCCUUCUGGCACAAGUUGGGAGUAACGACAUCAACAUGGCAGGGGAGCCCAAACCUUACAGGCUCAAAGUGGGAUCCAAACGACCUCUUUCAGCAAUUUACAGUGCUUAUGAAUUCAACUACGAUUACUACAGAGAUGACUUUUACAAUCGGCUGUUUGACUACCACGGCCGGGUGCCAGUUGUACCACAGCCAGUAAUUCCUAUCAAGCGUUCGCGGUUGCUGGCUCCCUCCACACGUAGAACCAAGACGUCAUUCCCCAUCAAGACCUCAUCCUCUUCAUCCUCCAGGCUUCUGGCAAACAGCUCCUCGUCCUCUGGAUUAAAGUUGAAAAAUGACCAGCUCCAGACCAUUAAGCGGGAGCUGAUGCAAAUCAAAACCAAGAUUGACUCUCUUUUGGGUCGACUAGAGAAGAUUGAGAAACAGCAGCAAGUGGAAGCUGAAGCUCAGAGGAAAUAUGAAGACAGCUACGAGUCUCUCCAGGAGUCCAUAUCAGAGACAGCGGAAAACUCGGGCGAGGAAGCAGUGGAGGGAGCAGGGGAAACUGAGGCCAGGGAGAUGACAGACGGCGGCGAGGAUGAUUUUGAUGAUGACGGCAGCAAUGAUCUGAUAGAAAACCAUGUGUCAGACAUCGACAACUGAGGCUGUAUAAAUGGAGACCACUGCUGGAUCUGGGACCCUGAGCACGUGCUAAAGAAGGUUCUGAAGCAUUCAUAAAACAGGAGGCCUGUGAACAACAAAAAAGAAUCAGUCGUACCAGCUUUUAAUAUUACAGAGACAGUCUGAAGAACCUGUGUGCUCCUCCACUCCAUAAAGACGGACAGUGUGGAACUGCAUACAGUACUUUUCAAUUCCUUUUGUGCUCAUCAGAUUUCAAAAGCAUCUGCUGCUCUGUGCAGCGCUGCUAUGUUUUUGUGUUCAAAACUGAUUCUGUUAAAUUGAGAACUAUUUUUUCACAUGUCUGAGCUUACAUUUGUUCAGAGGACAUGGCAUCCCUAAUGACUCUUUAAAUUAUUGUGUCAGUAUGGAUGUUUAUCACUUAAUGGAAGGCUAACUUUUAGUUAUCAGUUUAAAAUGUCUGCUAUUAUCUCCCUUAUUACUGUUUGCUCUUAUUUUGUACCACCAUUAACAUUUUAAAUGUGAAAUAAUUGUGUAUAAGUUUCCAGAGUAACCAGAGUAACUGAGAUGUUUGUGAUGAAAUAUAGAAGUGUCAUUUUCAAAGUGUGUCAAAUGUAGCCAAACGAAGCAAGAAGCAAACUAAGGAAAAUUAUCAACAGAAAGAAUGGAUGUCCUUCCUUUCAGUAAAGGAUAAUAGGUAAAAACAAAGGCCCGAAACAAACCUACCCUGUAUUCUUUUUCAAGUGAUGACUGCCUUUUAAAUCGGUCAGUGUCUUUACCACUGCUAACCUCUUGGGAACUACAGCCACAGUCUCUAAGGACUUGGGUGCUUCAGAGCCAGCUCACAUCCCUUAACAGGUAGUCUUUUUAUCACUGUAGCUGUAUGAAGAUGAUGAAUCUACAUGUAUUUCAAUGGCCUAGCUUUUAUUUAUAUUACUUUUUGUGAAAUAUCAACACACCAGGAAGCAUUAACAAUACUAUUCUCUGCAAUUUCUGAAUUUCCAUAUCCCUGCAAUUCUGAAUUCUGAAUGCAUCAUUGGUCUAGUUUUUUAAUGAGUACUACAAUUGCAUUUCUGAAGGCUAAGAGUGAUAUUUUGAGCUCUCUCUAUUUUUGUAAAGCAUACUGAAUAUCCCUUGGACACCUCUGUUACUGAAUCUGUCCCUCAGCCUACCUUUUUUGUUAUG